UCGUCCGCAAAUGUCACUUUUCGUUUCCUUUCCCGGCGUAUCGGCGAAAUUUUCCAGAAACAACAAAAAAAAAAGUACUCCCCUCUGUAACAAAAAUAUUAAUCAUCAUGGUCUGGAAUUGAACAGUGUUUGCUAAAAUUAGAAAACCGGGGGAACUGUUGUUUUGUCUUGCUUCUGUUGUUGCUGAUCAGUUUCUGUUGGAUGAGUGUUUGAUAGUUUUUACGUUGGGAUCGUGUUCGGAAACGUUGCACAAAAGAAAUUGCUUUCAGUUAAUUUGAAACUAUUCUAAUUAUUCGUUUUGUUGGGUUAAAGUUUUUAUUGAAAAUCAACCAGUUGUAAAUAGUGUAAAAUAAGCCAGUUACAAAUCGGUGUUAUUUAUAAAACUUGAAUAUGCUAAGUGUUUGAAUGUACAUACAAAAAUCGGAACUCUAGUUCAAAUACAAAAAAAAAUCAAGGAACAAAAUCCAUCAACUAAACGUUUUUCUGAUUGGUGAAGUGAUCAACUACAACACAUCAGGUGUAAAUAUUUCAACUUUCUAUGAAAAAUGGACAACUGAAGACAUCAUUUUAAGAUGCUUUUUGAAGCAGUUCACAACGGUGAUUUGGACCGGAUUUCCAAUCUACUGGACAGCGGAACCGAUGUCAACGAACGGGAUGAUAAAUUUUUCAAUACAGCCCUGCAUCGAGCGAUCUUCGCCAAGAAUAACCGGAUAUCGUUGAUCGAUUUGCUGAUUUCCCGUGGGGCCGAUUGUAAUGCCCUGAACAGAAAAGCUCAAACUCCAUCGGAGUUUGCCCUAGAAACCAAGCAGCAUGAUUUGGCCAAACACAUGAUCCUGCGGGAAACGGAACAACUCAACGGGGACGAUCACCUGGCGUACUACUUCCUGAUCCGGCGAGGCAAUCUGCAGCUGUUCGAGUUUCUCAUCACGAUCAAACAGCUCAACUACGAGCACGAAAUGGUCGUCAUUGCGCGAGCUUACGCGGAACUUCGACUCCGGAACGUACCGCUCAAGGAACACAUGGAGAAUUAUUUGAACGAAAUUCUCAUCAACCACGACUAUUGGUUGAUCAAUGACGAUCCCGAGAGCUUCGGUGGGAGCAGCACUUCAACAGAGAACGUUCACCGUAUUCGGGACAUUGUAGAAAACGUCCAGCAUCUUUUAAGCUCAUAUCGUAACAGUAAUAUGGUGGACGUGGAUGGUGUAUUCCUGCUUCGAUUGACACACAUUUUGGAAAACAUAUUCUUCAUUCGUGACACCGACAAAGAGCUCCCUUUGCAGCAGUUGGAAUUUUGCGUCGAGAACGCAGAGACAUCUGGAACACAGGAACAGAAGAAACGUGGACCACCAGUACCAUACGUUUCAAAUGGGCAGUAUCGUUGGAAGCAUGCUAAAACAAAUGCUUCUUGAUGAGGUAAUCACGCA